CCGGGCUCACGUGAUAAUGGACGAAACAAAACAGGAACAAAAUGGCUGCAACUGGAGAUGAAGCCGCAGCUAUGGACAGUAUUUCCAGGGACCCAGCAGCCGUCUCAGCGGGGUUAAUCGCGGCUGCUAGCGGCACGGCUGCGGCGGAACGCCCAGACGAUCCACCGGAAACCGCGUCGAGUGCGCCAAAGAAACCUGGAGCAAACAGCGAUGGAGGUGUGGAGACCGCGGAGGAGGCUGUGGAGCCCGCAGAGCCAGAUAUCAACGAGCUGUGCUCUGACAUGUUUGAGAAGAUGGCCAUUUUCCUGCAAGGGGAGCUAACAGCAACGUGUGAAGAUUACCUGCUGUUGGAGAACAUGAACAAGCUCACAAGCCUGAAAUACAUGGAAAUGAAGGACAUUAGUAUCAACAUAAGCCGGAAUCUGCAGGAUCUCAACAACAAGUAUGCGAGCCUACAGCCUUACCUGGAUCAAAUCAAUAAGAUCGAGGAGCAAGUGUCAUCCCUCGAACAGGCUGCAUACAAAUUGGAUGCAUACUCCAAGAAGCUGGAAGCCAGAUUCAAGAAACUGGAGAAGCGAUGAGGGACAGGAGACGAGGCAGACUGAGGGUUUCGGUUCCUUCUCGCCUUCUUCACCCAUCCCUGCCCUCCACUCUACUUACCAGUAGACUCAAGAGCGACAGGGGAGGAUGUGAACUGUGGCUGAAGCAAAAAUAAGAAACACUCCAGCGAAAGCAGGCGUCUUUAUACACUAAUACCACAGUGUUGGCUGUAAAUUUGACUCCAGCAUCACUGGUUUCUGUUCAUGCAACCAAGAUGUGCCACAUGUUUGUCCAACGGUUAGCCUCUCCUAAGUAAUAUCAGGAAGAUGUUCUUAUCAAAAAGUGAAGUAAAUGACACAUAUGUAGUUAAUUUACUUCUUAAAGCAUAUUUAAAGCUUAAUCAUGUCAGAAACCUUUUUAUUUUUUCAGGCAUUUCUUUUAUAAAAUGUUGGGCAAUAAUCUGAGUUUACUCUGCAUUAAUUAUUUUGUCAGGCAGUGUUCAUGAGACGCCAAACUGCUUAAACCUGAGGCUUGGUUUUAAUGUUGAGUUUAAAGACAAACUCCACAGUUUGUUUUAAAUUUGUAGCUCACACACAAUUCCUUAUAAAGUCAACAUCAUGUCAUGUUCUCCUGAAAACGCACCACUGAAAUAAAAUUUUCUUUGAAAUAAAGCCUAAUCCCACCACCGACAGCAGAUGGCAGUCUUGCA